GUCCUGUGGUUGGACAGAUCGGUGUCCGUCCUAUGAUUGGACAGAUCGGUGUCCAUCCUGUGAUUGGACAGAUCGGUGUACGUCCUGUGAUUGGUGGCUUCCUGUCCAGCAGGAAGUUGUGAACAGAGUUUAAAAGCUGCUGCAGGACUGCAGACAUUCACAGGAAUCUGGACCAGCAAUGGCUCUGCUGAAGGUUCUGCUGCUGCUGGGGCUGGGUGUUUCAGUGAACUCAGAUGUUUCUCUGCAGAAGAGAAUCAUUGGAGGUCAUGACUGUAACAACAACGAGCGUCUUUAUCAUGUAAGAAUCACUGCUAAUGGUCAUUUUGUGUGUGGAGGAUCUCUGAUCCACCCUGAGUGGAUCCUGACUGCAGCUCACUGCUGGCUGCAAGGACGGACUAUGGCAGCAAUGCUCAGAGUUCAUCCACGGGGUCAAAGGAAUCCUCAGCAGGACGAUCAGAUAAUCCAACCCAACCAAAACUACCGGGUGGUUUAUACUGACAACGGCCAGCAGCAUGACAUCAUGCUGAUGAGGCUUCAGAGACCAGUAACAAAUGUCAAUCCUGUCCCGCUGCCAGACUGCAGAAAUCGUCCUCAAAAAGGUGAUUCUGUUGAGCUGGCAGGAGAGGGAGCAAUGACAACCGGCUCAUUUUAUGGAACAUUGAAAACCUUCAUUUCUGGAAAAAUGAAAUCCUCCCCCAUGUAUGAGAGAGUGACCAAUGCUCCUAUUCCACCACAUCUUCAGUGUGUCGACAUGACAGUUGAUGACUGUUCAUCUUGUCUCCAGAAUUAUGAAGGGCACAAUCGUAGAUUCUGUGUUCAAGAGGCGGGCAAGGAUUCUUCUCCUGGCGACUCUGGUGGAGGAGUGACCUUCAAAGGGAAGAUUUAUGGUGUGAUUGCUGGAAGUAACAACCAUUAUGCAUGUGCCAUAUCAGCUUUCAUUAUGGAUGUGUGUGAAUACAUAGAUUGGAUACGUCAAACAACUGGGCUUGUUAAAACAUAAACUAUCAUGAAAUAAAAUUCUCAUCAAAUUUCCUCUGAUAUAAUUUUAUAUUUGUAUCUUCAUCCGUUUGUUCCAGGUUUGUAGAAUUAGGAUGGAUUAGUAGUUUUGUUUUUUCUCACCUGACCUUGACCUCCCUGUGAGAACCAAUAAUGGAGCUUUUCUUUGUCUCAGAAAUGGAAAAUAAAUCAAUAAAUGCAUGAAAAAGAAA